UCUUGGUCAUAGUUUAUUCAACUCUAUUUUAGACCUUGCAAAGACUUACUCAUUUUCUCUGUUCUUUCGUUAUAAUUUCUUCAUGACAAUGAAACUCAUUUUAUCCAAGUGCAAUUUCUUUGUCUGUUUCUUUUGAUAAUAAUUUGAGAGAAAAAGAAAAAAAUGGCUCAUAACUUUGAUUUUUCUUCUUCUUCUUUAGUUCCUCCUAUGAUCACCAAAGCCAGCAAAGUUGACCUUGAAGCUGGAAACGUUGACCAAAUUCAGUGCCGUAUUUGCCUUGAAACUAAUGGUAGGGAUUUUAUCGCACCUUGUAAAUGCAGGGGUACAUCAAAGUAUGUUCACCGAGGAUGCCUUGAUCAGUGGCGUGCUGUUAAGGAAGGAUUUGCAUUUUCCCAUUGUACGACUUGCGAGGCCCCUUUUUACUUGAGAGUUAACGAUCUUCAGAGAAAAUGGAGAACCUUAAAAUUCCGGUUCUUUGUGACCACAGACAUUUUAUUCAUCUUUCUCGCAGUUCAGCUUAUUAUAGCUUCAUUGGGGUUUCUAGUGUAUGUGAUUGAUAAACACCAGAUGUUUUGGCUUCAUGUGCAUUGGGGGUUUGGUAGUGAACUGAGCUUCUAUUACAUAUGCGGGGUACUGUUGUUUCUCGCUUUGAUGGGCAUAUCUGGUUGUUUCUUAAGUUGCUUCGAUGAAAGUGUGCGUGAUGAUUUGGGUCAGCCCUGCCGGAAUGCGUUGUCUUGUUGCUCUUGCGCCGGAAUGUGCGCAGACUGUCAUACGCGUACGCCUCGUACAGGUACAACUUAUAUCUGCGUUGGUUCUAACAUAUGCUCCGGGAAUUGUUCCAAUUCGACAUGUGAGUGUUGCUCCGAGAAUCAUUCUUGCACUGAGUGCGAAUGCGGGAAUUGUUUAGGAGGUGGUGGUGAUCAAUCCGGGGCACCGGCAUUAUUAAUUGUGGCUGUAGUUGUGCUAGGAUUAUUCGCUAUCUUUGGCAUGUUUUACAGUGUUUUGGUUGCUACGAUGGUCGGGCAGAGAAUCUGGCAGCGCCACUACCACAUACUUGAGAAAAGAAUGCUGACAAAGGAAUAUGUCGUGGAGGACGUUGGCGAGGUGGCUGGAAAUAAUUGGUCUCCGCCGCCACUUCCACAGCAGCAUGUUCAGCAGCUGGAAGCACUUAGACUUCAAUAAACUUGAAGGGGUUAACAAAGGAAACAGCAGAUGAAUUACACUCAAGUCUCUGCUGUUGGAUCAACAACGGAUAAUUCUAUAUACCUAUAGAAUUUCUUUUGAACUCAAUAUUUUUCACAUAUGUGCAUAGUUUGAGAAUGAUCAGAUGAAUGUAAUUGUUGAAGAAACUGAUCAUUUAUAAGUCAAAUGAAGCAUUUCAACUA